AGAGAGAGAGAGAGAGAGAGAGGCCGGCGCUGUUUAAGCAGCGGCAGGGGAAGGAGACCCGACACUCCCCCCCCUACGGCCGGUCAGUUGGUUGAGGCCGUCGCGUGGCCAGUCAGUCGCUGCGUCCGCCCGCAGGGCUGUAGCAUUCUUUAAAAAUGGGCCGGAUUUUCUUGGAUCAUAUUGGUGGUACUCGCCUGUUUUCCUGUGCAAAUUGUGACACAAUCUUGACCAACCGCUCAGAACUAAUAUCUACUCGUUUCACAGGGGCUACUGGUCGAGCCUUCCUAUUUAACAAGGUAGUAAAUCUGCAGUACAGUGAAGUCCAGGAUCGGGUCAUGCUCACUGGACGCCACAUGGUUCGUGAUGUGAGCUGCAAGAACUGCAACAGCAAGCUAGGCUGGAUCUAUGAAUUUGCCACUGAAGACAGCCAGCGGUAUAAGGAGGGCCGUGUUAUCUUGGAAAGAGCUCUAGUCCGAGAGAGCGAGGGGUUUGAGGAGCAUGUUCCAUCUGAUAACUCAUGAAUGAACAUCUCAGUUGUCUCCAGGCUUUCGCUGUUGAAACUUUAAAAAGAGAAAAAUCAACAACAAAAAAUCUACUUACAUACACUGUCACCUUAGCAUCAGCGUUGGAUUCAUGAACUAGAGAGUGGGAAAGAUUGUGAGAGAAUUUCAGACAGAACUUUCCUUUAUUUCUUUCUCCCUUUUUAUCCCUUUCGGUUCAUAGGGAAUGUUGAAUGGAUGCUGUAACUUUGCUUUUUCUGUUAAAGUCUCAGAUAUGUAAUCAUUUGAAGUUACAAAUCCUCUGAAAGCAAUUUGGAAUAUUUCUUUCAUUUGAGAGAAUACAGUUGGAUUUUAGUUUGUAAAACCUGUUACAUCAAAAGGAAAAUUUUAAGUGUAGCAAUCUUUUAAUUUAUUUCAAUUUUUUGUCCUUCGUUUUAAUUCGAUUUUAGCCAGACUUUUCACCUGAUCUGCUGGCUUAAGAGGUCCGAAUUUAUGAUGAGUGCUAAAGGUUCAGUGUUUAGUCCAGUUUGUGCUGGCCGUUGAUUCAUAUUCUUGUUGGGGGUUCAUUGGUAGUACAGAGCCUGUGCUUGUCUGUACCUUAUUUUUUUUGUAACCCCAAAUUUUUCUCAUUCCUCAUUUACCUAAGCACCCCUUCCACCAUAGGGCUGGUGUUGACUUUUUUUUAAUAGGGCAAAACUGCUUGUCUUCUCAGUUUCCUGAUGUAACUUACACAAUUAUAUAGACAAAUGGCUGUCCAGUCUUGUGUUGCUUCAGAACUAUGUAGGUAGUGAUGGGUGGGACUUGAGCAGUUGCUGCAGCUUUUUUGUUUGUUUGUUUCCUGGCUGACUUCCUUAAAUAGAAAAGUUGCAACUCCUAAUCUUAGAAUUUCCCUCCUUUUUAAUCCAUAGCUUUGCAUUAGAAACCUAACUAUAAGGAAGAAGGGCAUGCCAGCAUGUGCAGCCAUGCAUACAACUAGGCAUCUGAUCUAAAUCUGUUUAAAUGGCUAACAACCUGUCUUCAAAUGCUGCUUCUGAUAUCAAAGCUCUUACUCUUAGUUGCAUCUUUCCAUUGUGGUGCUGCACCUUUACUGCUUUCACCAGCAGAAGUUCAUCUGGCUGUACUUGGUCAUAGGUUAUCUGGUGCUUCCUGUAGCAGUUACUUGUGUUGCAAUACUGGAUCUUGCUCACCCGAAAAACCUUUCUGUAGACUUUACUCAGGGGUGCCCAAAUGUUGCUGCCAGCAUGGCCUGCCAAGCUACAUUUCUUGGAAGUCCAAGACCUGCAUCUUGAAGAUAUUAAUCACAAUUUUGUACUCUCCUUGUCAGUAGGUAUUUGCUAGACAAGGUAUUUGCCUUACUGUAGUUGAUCCUCAGCAAUCAGAUAGCACCUGUUAAGUUCUGCCACUGAGCAAGGAAUGCAAAUAAAGCAUCCAUAAAUCUGGAGGAUCAGUCGUCCUUACUUCAGUCCUAACCACACUUGCACAGGCUGGGGCAAGGGGUUGCCUUUGCAAGUGCCUUUAGGAAUACUGUUCCAUGAGCCAUGCCUCCCAUAUAUAACUUGCAGACUGGAUGAGGAGUUGUAUCUUGCACUCCACAUGUGGCAUUCUGGCCAUUGAGCUGUAGUUUGGGCACCCCUCUUAGCUUGAUAAGUAGCUCUAAUAUGCAACUUAGAGGGGCAACAUGUAGAUUUGUGUACUGGAGCUAAGUCAAAUCAGGAUACUUAAACAAUAGUGUACUUGUGCCUCAGAUGAGUAAACUUUACUAUUGACUUCAGUAGUUCCCGAUUAUUUUAGUAACUUAACUGGCAACUUGUGAUUGGCAGUCCUUGAUGUACUCUACAUGUAUUUUUGAUGUUGCAGUACAAUAAAGUUUGUUUUGUCCUG